AUGGCUUUCCGCAACACUGCUAUCAUUGCCGGCACGGUCCUGACCGGAGUCCUCGCUUACGCCAUCUACUUCGAUCACAAGCGCCAGAGCGAUCCUAACUUCCGCAAGUCCCUGAAGAAGAACAACAAGAAGGUCGAGAUCAGCGUUAAGCAGCAACAAGAAGCCGAGGGCGAGGCCCGAGUUGCCGCCCUCAAGAGCGCGCUCGAGUCAGUGAAGAAGGGUGGUGAACUUCCCACAGGUCUCGAGGAGAAGGAAGCCUACUUCAUGGAGCAGGUCGCAAAGGGAGAGUCUCUUUGCGCUUCCGAGGGUGCCGAGAACGAGGCCGCCAUUUCCUUCUGGAAGGCAUUGAAGGUCUACCCCCAGCCCCAGGACCUCAUGGGCAUCUACGAGCGCACAGUGCCUGCAAACAUUCUGGAGGUUCUUGCUGAGCUUAUCGCCCUCGACGUUGGCGCUCCCUCCGCUUCCAAGGCCAGCGCUGGUGCUGACGACAACAUCGAGUAA